CUCUCUCUCUCUCUCUCUCUCUCUCAAAACCAUGGCAGAAAACCCACAAAAAUAAGCUCGUUUUGUUUAAUUUUCAAAUCUUUACCCGCUGAUGAUCAAACCCACCAAACUUGCAGCCAAAUCUAUAUUAUAGCAGCUAUUUUUCUACACGUAGCGAGACACCUAGGCCAGUUUAUAGCUCCCUCCCCAGGCCAGUUUUCUUUGCUUUCUUGAAUCAUCCAUCCAUGGAGAUCAAAGGUAGAGACAUUAUCAAAUGACAUCAAUAAGAGAAAGAUAUCCGAAUUGAGCAGGUAGAUCUCUCAUGCAGCUGCUUGCAUCUUUACCUAAAGCUUUAUAGCUAUCUAUACCUGCUUCCAAUUCACAUGGAUACCGUCUUUUCGAUUCCAAGCCAAGCAGACCGUGCCACAUAUCUCCGAUCCUUAAUGCAGUCUUUUGGCUGUAAUUACAUUUGUCUUUGGUUCUACCGGCCGCAACUAAACCACUGUCUAUACUUCUUGGAUGGGGAUUACCAUGAACAAACCAACCAAUCUGGCUCUUCUUCGGGAAGCUUAGCUCGGUGGCUUUUUGAUAAAUAUCGGGCAGAAGCGUUCCUUAUUGUAAAUGACCGUGUUCCCGGAAUGGCUUUCGGUAAUAAACAACCCUACACAGAGCUAAAUGAAUCUGAACUUCAAAGAAUGGCAUCUGUUUCUGUGCAGAAGCAAUUCUAUCAGGAAGCGAGGAUCAAGACUGCGGUCUUUAUGGGGUGCAGGAGUGGGGAAAUUGAAAUAGGCUGGUCCAAUGGGAUGACUCAGAUUAACAUGGAAAAUGCGAUGAGGAGUUUGUUUUCUGAAGUCGUUAUUCCUCAAAAACAAUCUUCGCCGAGAGAACUUUCCCAUGUGAUUGAUCCAAAUUGGCCUUCAUCAUCUUCCUCCUCAUUGAGAUCACUAUCCAUGGACAGCCCAGAUAGCUCUCCUUUUUUGUUCAAUGUUCCAACCACAUCCCACAUACCAGAAGUCCCUCAAGAGACUCCCUCAUUGCAACAAAUAUCAAGCACAUCAAGUGCAAUCCAACAAGUCUUGCAGUCUCUGCAGCCAGUACAAAGCACAAGUAGACCACUUCAACUGGCCAUGCAAUCUUUGCAGCCAGAACCAAGCACAACUAACCCACUUCAACUGGCCAUGCAAUCUUUGCAGCCAGUACCAAGCACAACUAGCCCGCUUCAACCAGCAAUGCAAUCUUUGCAUCCAAUACCAAGCACAACUAAUCCACACCAAGUAGCAAUGCAAACAUUUUCCCUGACAAGAAACGUUCAAUUACCAUCCCAAGAGAGUGAAGAUGAUGCAAUAAUAAGAGCCAUUCUGGCAGUUCUAGCAUCUCCUUCAACUUCUACCAAUUCUUCAAUAAUGCCUAACUCACCUUACCAUUACCGGGAAAGCCAGAAAGCUAGUGCUUUCAAGAAUUAUAUAGCCCCCACAAGACAAACGAGACAAAAUUUACACAGGCAAAGUAUGCUUAAACAAGCAAUUACUUAUUACAGAAGCUUAAAUAUUUUGAGACCGGAACAUAUGCCCGCAAGUCGCCCCACCAACACUCAGUUGCACCACAUGAUAUCAGAGCGUAGAAGGCGUGAAAAGAUCAAUGAAACCUUCGAAGCAUUGAGAAAACUUCUCCCUCCAGAUGCCAAGAAGGACAAAGCGUCAGUGCUUACUAGAACAAGGGAAUACUUAACAUCUCUGAAUGCUCAAGUCGAGGAGCUUAGAAAGAGAAACCAGAAAUUAGAGGCACAAGUGCAACAACUACCUACAAAAGAAGUUGCAGAAGAAGGCAGUGAGUCCUCAAAUGAAAGAAUUGAACUCAGGGUUGCACAUGUAUCUGAAUCAACAUCAGAAGAACAAAGAAUCAUCGACCUUCAAGUUGUACUAAGAGGAGAAUGCCCUAUUCAAGAAAUUUUGAUUCGGAUUCUCGAGUUCUUGAACCAAGUUAACAAUGUGAACGUGAUGUCCAUAGAAGCCAAUACACGAACAACAGAAUCAAGAUCUAUGAAUCGUGUAGUCUUGAGACUGAAAAUUGAGGGGGAAGAAUGGGACGAGUCUGGCUUCCAGGAAGCAGUAAGAAGGGUUGUUGAUGACCUAGCACAGUGACACAGACACUUUUGGACCCUGCUUUUUCGCUUUUCAAUUCAUAUUUUAAAUAUUAUCAGAAUGGCAAUCUAAUUACAUUCUUUUCUGGCGGCUCCACAGCUUACUCUCCAAUGUCCAUAUCUUUAAAUAGCUUGUAUCUCGAUAGCCUGUAUUUUAAGUUCAUGUUUUACUUUUCUUCUCUCACUUCAGGUCUAAAUAAU